AGUUUCAAAUGGAAGACUUAGUAUAUAAUCCGGAACAAGUGCCACGUUACUACCAAAAUGCCUACCUGCACCUGCGACCCUUCUACAACACAACCCACAGCUUCCUUGGCAUCCACCGGCUCAACGGCCCCUUGAAAUGUGGCCAGCCCCAGGAAGUGCUGGUGGAUUAUUACAUCGACCCGGCUGAUGCAAGCCCUGACCAAGAGAUCAGCUUCUCCUACUAUUUAAUAGGGAAAGGAAGUUUGGUGAUGGAGGGGCAGAAGCACCUGAACUCUAAGAAGAAAGGACUGAAAGGCUCCUUCUCUCUCUCACUGACCUUCACUUCGAGACUGGCCCCUGACCCUUCCCUGGUGAUCUAUGCCAUUUUCCCCAGUGGAGGUGUUGUAGCUGACAAAAUUCAGUUCUCAGUCGAGAUGUGCUUUGACAAUCAGGUUUCCCUUGGCUUCUCCCCUUCCCAGCAGCUUCCAGGAGCAGAAGCGGAGCAGCUGCAGGCAGCUCCUGGAUCCCUGUGUGCUCCCGGGGCGGUGGAUGAGAGUGUCUUACUGCUUAGGCCGGAGAGAGAGCUGAGCAACCGCUCUGUCUAUGGGAUGUUUCCAUUCUGGUAUGGCCACUACCCCUAUCAAGUGGCUGAAUAUGAUCAGUGUCCAGUGUCUGGCCCAUGGGACUUUCCUCAGCCCCUCAUUGACCCAGUGCCCCAAGGGCAUUCGAGCCAGCGUUCUGCUAUCUGGAGGCCCUGGUUCUCUGAAGGCACGGACCUCUUCAGCUUUUUCCAGGACAUGGGCCUGAAAAUACUGUCCAAUGCCAAAAUCAAGAAACCAGUAGAUUGCAGCUACAGAGCUCCAGAAUACAGCACUGCCAUGGGCGCAGGUGGUGGUCAUCCAGAGGCUUUUGCGUCAUCAACUUCUUCACGUCAAGCAGAGGAUUCUCAGGUCCGCCAGUACUUCCCGGAGACCUGGCUCUGGGAUCUGUUUCCUAUUGGUAACUCCGGGAAGGAGGCGGUCCACGUCACAGUUCCUGACGCCAUCACCGAGUGGAAGGCGAUGACUUUCUGCACUUCCCCGUCCAGAGGCUUCGGGCUUUCACCCACUGUCGGACUAACUGCUUUCAAGCCAUUCUUUGUGGACCUGACUCUCCCUUACUCAGUAGUCCGUGGAGAAUCCUUUCGUCUUACUGCCACCAUCUUCAAUUACCUAAAGGAUUGCAUCAGGGUUCAGACUGACCUGGCUAAAUCGCAUGAGUACCAGCUAGAAUCACGGGCAGAUUCUCAGAUCUCCAGCUGUCUCUGUGCUAAUGAAGCUAAAACCUAUCACUGGAACAUCACAGCUGUCAAAUUGGGUCACAUUAACUUUACUAUUAGUACAAAGAUUCUGGACAGCAAUGAACCAUGUGGGGGCCAGAAGGGGUUUGUUCCCCAAAAGGGCCGGAGUGACACGCUCAUCAAGCCAGUUCUCGUCAAACCUGAAGGAGUCCUUGUGGAGAAGACACACAGCUCAUUGCUGUGCCCAAAAGGAAAGGUGGCAUCUGAAUCUGUCUCCCUGGAGCUCCCAGUGGACGUUGUUCCUGACUCGACCAAGGCUUAUGUUACAGUUCUGGGAGACAUUAUGGGCACAGCCCUGCAGAACCUAGAUGGUCUGGUGCAGAUGCCCAGUGGCUGUGGCGAGCAGAACAUGGUGUUGUUUGCUCCUAUCAUCUAUGUCUUGCAGUACCUGGAGAAGGCAGGGCUGCUGACGGAGGAAAUCAGGUCUCGGGCAGUGGGUUUCCUGGAGAUAGGGUACCAGAAGGAGCUGACAUACAAACACAGCAAUGGCUCAUACAGUGCCUUUGGGGAGCGAGAUGGAAAUGGAAACACAUGGCUGACAGCCUUUGUCACGAAAUGCUUUGGCCAAGCUCGGAAAUUCAUCUUCAUUGAUCCCAAGAACAUCCAGGAUGCUCUCAAGUGGAUGGCAGGAAACCAGCUCCUCAGCGGCUGCUAUGCCAAUGUGGGAACUCUCCUUCACACAGCUAUGAAGGGUGGUGUUGAUGAUGAGGUCUCCUUGACUGCAUAUGUUACAGCUGCAUUGCUGGAGAUGGGAAAGGAUGUAGAUGACCCAAUGGUGAGCCAGGGUCUACAGUGUCUCAAGAAUUCGGCCACCUCCACCACCAGCCUCUACACACAGGCCCUGUUGGCUUACAUUUUCUCCCUGGCUGGGGAAAUGGACAUCAGAGACAUUCUCCUUAGACAGUUAGAUCAACAGGCUAUCAUCUCAGGAGAAUCCAUUCACUGGAGCCACAAACCUACUCCAUCAUCGAAUGCCAGCCCUUGGUCUGAGCCUGUGGCUCUAGAUGUGGAACUUACAGCAUACGCAUUGUUGGCCCAGCUUACCAAGCCCAGCCUGACUCAAAAGGAGAUAGCCAAGGCCACUAGCAUAGUGGCUUGGUUGGCCAAGCAACGGAAUGCAUAUGGGGGCUUCUCUUCUACUCAGGAUACUGUAGUUGCUCUCCAAGCUCUUGCCAAAUAUGCCACUACCGCCUACACGCCAUCUGAGGAGAUCAACCUGGUUGUAAAAUCCACUGAGAAUUUCCAGCAUACAUUCAACAUACAGUCAGCCAACAGAUUGGUAUUUCAGCAGAAGACUCUGCCCAAUGUCCCUGGAAUGUACACGCUGGAGGCCUCAGGCCAGGGCUGUGUCUAUGUACAGACGGUGUUGAGAUACAAUAUUCUCCCUCUUAAAAAUAUGAUGACCUUUAGUCUUAGCGUGGAAAUGGGAAAAGCUAGAUGUGAGCAACUGACUUCACCUCAAUCCUUGACUCUCGCUAUUCACACCAGUUACGUGGGGAGCCGUAGCUCUUCCAAUAUGGUGAUUGUGGAAGUGAAGAUGCUAUCUGGGUUCAGUCCCAGGGAGGGCACCAGUCAGUUACUUCUCCAGCAACCCCUGGUGAAGAAGGUUGAAUUUGGAACUGACACACUUAACAUUUACUUGGAUGAGCUCAGUAAGAACACUCAGACUUACACCUUCACCAUCAGCCAAAGUGUGCUGGUCACCAACUUGAAACCAGCAACCAUCAAGGUCUAUGACUACUACCUGCCAGAUGAACAGGCAACAAUUCAGUAUUCUGAUCCCUGUGAAUGAGGACAGAAGCUGGAAAGAGACUCAAUUAGUCCUCUAUGUCAUUACUGGAGGGUGGAACAUUCUUCUGUCGCUUGAAGCAGAACUCAUUCAAUCAAAUAAUUUAAUUUCUCUGACUAGUAAAUGGGUAACAGAUGAAUAUGUCUGAACCUCAGCUGUAAUACUUUCUAGUACCUUUGCAAGGAGAUGGGAUAGGAACACGCACUCAGAGGAGGCACUGUAUGGGCAAGGUCACAGGGGGAAGAAAGGUGGUUUAGCUGUUUUGUGUAGCCAUUUAGGGGGCUCUCCAGAGAGGAGACGGUGGUGGAGGGUGAACUAGAGAAGACAAGAAUGUCUUCCUAGGCUGGGCACAGUGGCUCAUGCCUGUAAUCCCAGCACUUUGGGAGUGUGAGGUGGGCGGAUCACUUGAGGUUGGGAGUUCAAGAUCAGCCUGGCCAACAUGGUGAAACCCGUCUCUACUAACAAUACAAAAAUUAGCCAGGUGUGGUGGCAUGGGCCUGUAAUCCCAGCCCCUUGGGAGUCUGAGGCAGGAGAAUCGCCUCAGCACUGGAGGUGGAGGUUGCAGUGAGCUGAGAUUGUGCCACUGCACUCCAGCCCGGACAAUGAAGCAAGACCCUGUCUCAAAUAAUAAUAAUAAUAAUAAUAAUAAUAAUAAUAAUGUUUUUCUAGAGUUUAAAUCUAAAGGAAAAUGUGAUUUCGGGCUUUGGGAAUUGGCUAAAAAAAUAAAAA